GCAUAUUUCAUUUCCACAUUAGCUUGUUGGUCAUCCCAUGGAACGCUUCAGCUACUCCCGCAACGGCGCCGGCGUCGACUUGAAAUGCAGCGUCCGCGUGAGCGUUCCCAUGGUCACCAAGGUGUGCAAUAAGGUCCAUUACAAAGUGGCCAUGAAGACGACCCACGUGAACCCGCCCAAGUCGUGGGAAGUGUUGCGCCCGUACUCGCACUUUGCGGCGCUGCGCAAGGAGCUGCUCUUAACGUUCAAAGAAUGCAAGGCCAAUAUGUGUCCAGGGUGCAAGCACUACGAGAAGGCGAUUGUUCAGUUCGAUUUCCCCAGGAAGCAUCUGUUCUCGUCGACCACGACCGAGGUGCUUCGGCACCGCCAGCUCGCGCUCCAAGCGUUCGUAGCCAUGCUAGCGUCGCACACGUUCACGACGGCCCCUCGGUGUCCAACAUGCAGCGGCCGCGUGUUUGAACUCGUCCGCGACUUCCUCACAACCGAAGUGGGCGCGGCGAACGUCGACAACCCGAACGACGAAGCUUCGUCCUCGGUUCUGGACGAAGAGACGCGGCGAAGUGCGUUUGCCGUCGAUAACUUCGUCGAGUUCCAUACGCCCUCUGCAGAUGUGGUCGUGGACAGCAACGGGGACUUUGUCGAUUCACCGACCAAACGGCGUAGCAGCCCCAGUGAAGGAGGAGCAGCACCCCUGCCACCACCACCAGCUACAAACACCCCCACAGGAUCCAAGAAGCGAUCGAGUUUCCACAGCUUUGGCAGCGGCGGCAGCAACGAGGAUACAUCGCCGUCAACGGAAAACAGUAGAAGCAGCCAUAGCGAUGUUUCGUCGAAGCCAGCCAAAGUGUACCGACAGAGCAGUGUGAGCGACCUGGCCGACAUUCACCUAGACGACGUUCGACCUGCGCAAGUGGCGGGAGGGCCAUGCGUGGACGAUGACGAAGGCGACUUGAACAUGGACUUUAUGGCGCAUAUUGCUACGGACCCAUCCCUGGUUGAGCAGCAGUAAACGGAAUCAAUUGAUGGAAAUACAUGAGCACGC